AUGCCAAAUAUGGCUUCUAUGGACGAUGGAUAUUUGAUUUUACAUGGCGAAUUGGAACGUUGGAAACAAGUUCGAGUUCCCACAUACAAGUGCUAUUAUCAAGGCCUCAGUGGUGGUUUAUAUCCAAAUAUCAGUUGGUAUCAAUUGAUUGGUAAUCCUAUUGAGGUACCACGAAGUAAGCGACUUCGUGUCCCACAUGAUCAAUUCGUAGUACGCUGUUAUAACAAAACUUUGCUUGGAAUGAUUAGCAAUAAACCAUUUUACAACGAUUCCAUAUUUUAUGAGCGAGCGUUUGUUACAUUUUCCAAAAUGGAUGAUAUUCUUACGAGAAAAAAUUCGGAAUUCACGCAUGCAAAUCCAGAGAAGCCAUCGCUUAAUAUUCUCGUACUUGAUUCGGUAUCGAGAAAUCAAUUUUUGCGACAUAUGCAUAAAACUGUUGAAUACAUGAAACAGCUUGGUUUCAUCAUUUUAGAAGGAUAUACAAAAGUUGGCGAUAAUUCUGCAGUUAAUUUAUUACCAAUACUUGCUGGCAAAUCAAUAUUACCGCAGGUUGGUGGUAAUGGUGAUGAAGUUUUACCAUUAAAUAAAAUAAUUUCCUUGGAAGAUAUUGAUUUUUUAUGGAAAAUGAUGGAAGAUAGGAAAUGUAUAACGAUGGUUAACGAUGAUAUUGGUGAUGUAUUACGUGGACUAUUUUACUAUCCGAACGAAACUUUCCAGGGAUAUAAAACGCCACCAGCUCAUUUUUACUUUCGACCUUUUCAUUUAUUCAAUACACGUCAUAAUAUAAUUCCGGUCAAUGGUCAAUGUUUACGAACUGGCGAAAUUUGUGCCGAGGUAUAUUUGGACAUAUGGGAAACAUUUGCAACCAAAUUCAAAGAUUUCUGUCAUUUUUCAUUCAAUUUUAUAACUGAUCUAACACAUAAUAAUCCUAAUUACAUUGAAGCUAUCGAUGAUCGAUUAGCAACAUCCCUGCAACGCUUACAUGAUAAUGGAAUAUUCAAUUCUAUGGCAUUAGUGAUAAUGGGAGAUCACGGGAAUCGGAUUAACUCAAUUCAACGAACUUACGUUGGCCGUAUUGAGGAACGAGCACCAUUAUUCAGUAUUCGAUUACCUGAUGCCUUCAUUUACAAAUAUCAACAGGAAAUAGGAAAUUUGAAGAAAAAUACGAAAAG